CGUUGAUCAUACAUACGGCGGUGACUGAUUUUUUUUUUUUGCAUACGAAAAUUUCGCUGCGAGAAGUACGAAGCUAAAGUGCGUGAAAUAACGUAAACUGGGAUCAGAAGCCAGACGCAUAGAAGCCCAUUGCACAUUAGCGGUUUGAGUGCAUUGCAAACGACACGUUGAUCGUCAGUUUUUUGCACGCGACAACCUCGUGCAUUUCAUUUCUUUUUGCGCAUACAUUUACCGAUAUUUUGGUGACUGCACACAAACAUAGCGACGACGACGACGUGAAGCGCUGUGAAGAAAAAAAAAACAAGCGAAAUCGAAAGUAAAAUUUUUUGUAAAAAGUCGCGUUGAUUUAAGAAUCUUCGUUGUGUGCUAAGCUAAACGAAUUAUAAACAAGUUUCGGACUUUAAACGCAAGGAAGCAGGAACAGCAGCAUCGUUGCAAAGUAGCAACAUAGUUAUUAUCAGCAGCAGCAGCACAACAACAGCAACAAAAAUAAAAAUGAACAAAACACCACAAUACGAAGUGGCGCUGUCCAUUGAGCCAGAGCAUGAGUUGCGCUUUAUUGGUCCAUUCAUCCGGCCAGUGGUGACAAUCAUGACGCUGCGCAACAAUACGGCCGUGACACUGGUCUUCAAGAUCAAGACUACUGCUCCCAAGCGCUAUUGUGUACGUCCAAACAUUGGCAAGAUUGCGCCACAUCGGUCGACGCAGGUGGAAAUAUGCCUGCAGCCUUUCAUGUACGAUCAGCAGGAGAAGAACAAGCACAAGUUUAUGGUACAGAGUGUGCUGGCACCGCAGGAUGCCGAUUUGACUGAUUUAAACAAGUUGUGGAAGGAACUGGAACCAGAUCAGCUAAUGGACGCCAAGCUGAAGUGUGUGUUCGAAAUGCCGGCCGCUGAGGCGAAUGCAGAGAACAAUACCGGUGGCACCGCUGGUGGUACCAUUGGUGGCGGCAGCAGCAGCGUGGGCGCCAAUGCAGCCACCAAUCUCAGUAUCGGCGAAUCGCUGAAGAGCGAUGCGCCGAAAUUGUCCGUCGAGGAGCAGCAGUCCUUCAAAAUGUCCGAUGCUGAGCAUACUGAAUCCCUGGCGGCCGAAAUUAAGGAUUUGCGUGACCUCAACAGCGAACUGCGAAAAGAGAAUCUACACUUGAAGGAUCAAGUAUCACGCUAUCGCAGCUUCCCGGAUACCAAGCAAAUCAAUGAGCAUUAUGCUCCCGUUCUGGCUGAAAAACAGAUUCCGGUCUUCUAUAUAGCAAUUGCUAUUGCAGCGGCCAUUUUGGGUCUAUUGCUGGGCAAGUUUUUGCUCUGAAUGCCAUAAUUACAACAUCAACAACAACAACAACGAACGCAGCAAGCAGCAGCAGCAAGCAGCAGCAGCAGCAGCAGCAACAACAACAGCAGCAGCAGCAGCAAUCAAGAACCACAAGAGAUAAAAAACCAGCAGCAAAAACCAGCCACAAAAACAGCGACACGACUAAUUCUGUGUUUGGCAAUUAUAUAUAGAAAUUUAACAAUAACAAAAAAAUCAUCAACAACAACAUUAAUUAUAACAAGAGAGAAAGUUUAAGUCAGGCGUCACCUCAAAAUCUGCGCAAGAUAGAGGCAUUUCCGAUUUUUAGGGGCCUGGGAACUGGGGGCGGCUGUGAUGGGGGCGUGGCAUAUGCCAAUCUUUGAAGGACAUCGCCACGGCUUUAUCGAUUUGCAAUGAUCGAUUUGCGAUUAUCGAUUGCCAAGGCUAUAACAAACUGCAAUUCUAAAGUCAGUGUCAAAACACACACACACACACACAAAUACAGAGACACACACACUCGACUCUGGAAUGCAGGCUAUCUCACUCACUCACUCUCCUGUACUUCCAAUAGCUCUCCAUGCAGCCAGAAUAAAGUCAUGCAGUAUUUGACGUGCCCUCUCUGUCUCUAUCUCUUUCUCGGUCUCUCUUUCGUUUCUUCUCUGCUCGCAUUUGUCGUUAGAAUCAAUUGCUGCUGGCACAAUUUGUAUGCAUAGCCUGCACUCACACAGACACACACACACACUGACACAACACACACGAUAUUUAUAUGUACACAUUCACAUACAUGCACGCACGCCCAAUAAGAAAUGGUUUAUGUUGUUUAUGUGUAAAAACUUCCACGCAUCUGGACACAAGGAGUCUUCUUCGGCAUGCUUGGAAAAAGUUGUAUAAUUAGAAGAACAAAAAAAAAAAGAAAAAAAAUUUGUUUUUAUUAUUGCACUUGCAUUUAAUUUUAUUUCAUUUGGUUUUGCUAUGGUUAAUUUACCAAGUACACUCACACACAUACACUGUAAACAUUAAUAAUAAAAAGUCAAGAAAAAUGGCCUAAAUCAUACAUAUAAAUAUAUGUAUAUGUAUUUGUGUCGUUGCAAAUUCCUAAAUAACUAUGCAGAAAUCAGUUAAAAUUACGAUGAAAACAAAUACAAAGCACAUAUGGAAACAUUUUAAUUUGAGAAUGGGGAAAACGUACGUAAAAUAUACAUAUGUAUGCAUACAUAUAUUAAUACUUGCAUAAGAAAAUUCAAUCAACUUUUAUAAUCAUUGUCGGAUCGGUUGGAAAAACAUUUAAACACACACACAAACAAACAAACAUAUUGUUAAUGCAGCUUAUUGGUUUAGCGUAUUUCGAUUAAAAUGUACAUUACUUUUUUCCCCUCAAA